AUGAAAACGAUCAUGACAGACGAAAUCCGUACAAUUCGCACGAAUUUAAUCCACCACAUUAAAAAUCAAAAUGUUCAUGUCAUUCAAGAAUAUCUUUCGGAAUUGAUUUCCAACCCAUCCAAUAUGAAUUGGGAAUUAAUUGUAAUGCCAGAAAUUGUUUCUCAAACACACAAGAAGAAUAACUAUGAAUUCCAAACGGAAGUACCAUUAUUGUGGACAGCAUGUGAAACGCAAAAUUUGGAAAUUGUUCAAUUAUUAAUCGAUACAUUGCAGAAAUCACAAUUUUCUCUUGAAACAUUCCUUAAUUAUCAACACAAAUGCACAAUGAAAUUUUUCUAUUGGAAAACUCUUCUUUAUCAUGUGUGUGAAAUUGGAUGCAACUUGGAAAUUGUUAAAUACAUUUUGGAUAAGCCUGAAUUGAAUACUUACCUUGGCCUUUCUGAAGGCAAAUAUGGAAUUCAAGAAUCUCCUUUUUGUGCUUGUGUUAAAAACGGCCAUUUAGAACUUGUGAAACUAUUUGUCGAAUUAGACCCAAUUUUUGCACACCGAGAAUGCUCAGAAUUGUUGGUAAGGGAUCCAAUACAAGAUCCUUAUUAUUUUCCAUUGUGGAUAGCUGCCACAAAUAAUCAAUUUGAAAUUGUGAAAUAUUUAGUGGAUGAAUGUGGAGUGAAUCUUGAUGAAGUUUCUGGAAGCUUAGGUUAUUCGAGCGCGUUAGGAGCUGCUGCUCAUGAGAAAAAUCUUGAAAUUGUUCGAUAUUUAUUGAAACGAGGUGCGAAAGUAGGAAAGGACAUUGUAGAAAAUACUUUCAAUCAAUCUGACAGAAAUCAUUCUCGUCAUGAUGAAAAAGAAUUCACUAUUGUAAAACGUGGUUUUCCUUGUGAUAUGAAUGAUGAACAAGUGAUUGAAGCAAAACAAUUUGUGAGGGAUCAAUGGGAAAUUAUGACCAUAGAAGAAAAUGAAAUGAGGAACAAUUUGUUAAAACUAAUUGAUUUCCCAAAUGAUCGUGAAUAUGAUGGUGUCUCUCCCAAACCUCAACUCAACGAUAUCUCUAUCAUCCUUUUGAAUUCGCAGCAAUUAUGA